AUGGACGCGAAGAAUAUUGACACGUUUAUGGAAGCAGCCAUGGUGGCCGAGGAGGAGCAGCUGCCAGACGGGUGGCUAGAAAAAGCUCACGUCUGCACCGCCCUGCAAGGCUUGGGUGCUGAGCAGCGAAAGCAAGCCCUCCAGGGCUUGCCAGCUUGGAAGGAGCGAUUCGCCGAAGCCAGGUGGAAACCGAUCAUGGAGGAUCUCGAGAACAUUGCUCAAGAAGACCACCUGCGGCUACCAGGACGUCUUCGACAACUGGAGCCAGUCACCCCCGCUGGACGACCUCAGCCGACAAGCAGCUCCUCCGCUCCGAUUGUACCCUUAGUCGGCCAACGUUCACGACCUCAGGCUCUACAACGACUCAACACCGCUUCCGCCAAUUUAGCCUUGGCUCGAAACAUCACACCGCGUACACCGCGAGCACGCUGGGACGUUUUGCCUUCAGGUCCAGUCACUCCGCUAUCUCCCACGCCCACGGGCAACGCAUUUGCCGGAGGAGGCUUCUGGGAAAAGCUCACGCCGCAGCCACAGACUCCUCUGCCACAACCCGCCGUAGCGCUCGAACCUUGGUCGCCUAUCGUGCCCAAGUAUCCGGAAGGAAAGGCGGCAUACGAUGAUGUCAAGCGCGAUGUUGACAGGAUGGCACUCAAGAUCUGCGCAAGUCGGUUAAGCAUACACUCAAAUCUCAGUGACAGCGGUUAUGUCCCCCCUUCGAUGGUGAAGCCGAAAGAUGAACUACACGGUGCGGAGUUCACGCUACAGUCGAGAGAACUCAAGCUUCGAACACAGAUAGACACUGAACUUCCUGCGAAACUACAGCGCUUCGCGCACGACGAGGUAGCAAUCCAUGAGCAAUACUCGAUCAAAAAUACCUCUGAGCUACUCGACAUAGAUACUUGGCUCCAAGUCGACGAGAAGGGCAUGGAAAUAACCACUAUCCUAGACGCACAGCGUGAUCUCAUCCGUAUGAACCGUAACCGCCGCAAAAGCAGAGAGCUGAAGCUCAGCGCUCAGGCGGUUCAGCUUGCUUGGGCCGUGAAAGUACUUGAUGACACAGAGUACAUGGCAGAACAUCAUGGGGAUGGUUCGAGCACAUAUAGCGAUGAAGAUCAAGGAUAUGACUACAGCAACUUCAUGCGCAGCAUCAAGCGGGAGGUGAGCUCGGUUUCGGAUCUUCUGUCGAUAGAAGAGGAGAAUCCAAUUGGCGAAAUCAGUUCACCUCGCUCGAUGGCGACAACUACUAUUUCGUCAGAGAGGAGCCAGGAAGCCAGCUUGUCGAUGCGGACAAGCGCAAGUCCCGCAAAGCCCAACAGCCUGGCAUUGCGACUGCGAGACGCCAGUAUCUCUAGCACUGAUUGCGCCUUGCAACGGAGCAGCAACGCAACAGGCAAACGCAGAAACCUCAACGUCUCCACGACAUUGACCGAACAGGAAGAAGACAUUCCAGCACCUGAGAUCAGCCCAGAGGCCAAGGGAUUUCGACAUCAAGGGCCCAGUAUCAACGACUUGACGAAUUGGGCACAUGAGCUCAAAAAGAUGGAGGAAAGAAGGGCGGAGAUGAAGGCGAACAGAAAUUCAGCUUCUUCUUCUCAAUACGACAUGCAUCCAGCUUUUCGGUUUCAACAGCAUGGCCGGAAAAAUUCAGAUGAAUCAGCGGAGAGCUGGGUGUGCAAAGAUGCCGCAAGAUAUGAGAAGCAAGCUUUUGAGAGCAGCGCAGAUACACGAACUCCCAUCGGUUCUAUUCCUGCGCACCAUUUGGAAGUGCCUCCGACCCCUACAAACCCGCCACAACGAUCUCCAAUUCGCUCUAGGCCAUUCUACAAAUACGAGCAGCUCACUGGUCCGAUACCUCUCCCUCCAGCAUCACCCACCUCAUAUAACCGUCAUGCACCUACAUCGCACGAGAGAUUAUCUAAUAAGGCUUCGCGACAGCUCCGACCCUCGGCCCCUCCCGAAAGACUGCCUCCGUCUCCAUUCCAGCACCAGCAUGAGUCUACCAUACCCUCUCUCCACAACACGGUACGCCGUCAACAGUAUAUGCGGUCGAAGAGCAGUUCAAACUUAUUGCACGAUGAGGAGGAGGAUUGGACGAAGGAGUUGAAGCAUAUGGAGAGCAGGGAGAAGAUCAGACAGAUUGGAGAACGGGAGAUGUUUGUAGAGAGGGCGCAUAGAAAGGCGAGUGGGCCAGGGCACGAUGAAGUUGGGUAUGGUGAUUAUAUGGAUGAUGAUGAGGAAGAGCUUUUGAAUGCAGCGCUUUGUGCAGCGAAAGAGCAACAGGGUCUUCUACAUCGAAGAUUCUCCAUCUUUCAACCUCAACCAUUACUUGAUUACAUCCUCUCAACAUUACCACCUGAAUUCUUCUAUCGUCAACUUAAUAUUGGCAUACUAUCGCUCAACAUGACUACGUCGCGUAGCAAGUCGUGGCUUCCGUUCUUCCGUGGCCACAGUGAGAGGAAGCCCAAUGCGCGCGGGGAGGGGAUGGAGGAAGGGGCCGAUGAAGCUGACUGGUCUGACACCUUCGAGCAGGUCAGUAGCUUUGGUGGCGAUAGUUUCGACACUACUACGGAAGAUGAGGCCAGGCUGCUUCCUCAAAUACCUCCCCUCUUGGGCAAAGACCUCCCACCCUGCGGACCCAUACCCCAAGUCGCGUACGAAAACGUCAACAAGCGCAUCCGCAAGCUCUGGCUCCAGCAAGCUGCCGCUCAUUCCGUCAAUAUUCCCAUAUACAGCAUCUGCCUCCUCGUCAAAGACGAUCUCGAAGAUGAAGCGAAAAGGGCACCCCCGAAAAGCGAGCUGGGCACCAAGGCGCGCAGGCCCUGGCGCCGUGAGGAUGUGUUCCUAUUUGAGCUCGGUUGGGCUAGAUACUUCGUAAGAGAGGCGGAGAUUCACGAGAAGAGGGCGACCAUGAGCGUGGGAGCGCGGGAGAUGCAAGAUUUCAUGGAGAAGCUAUAUCCGAUUCCUAAGGAGGCGAAGAUAUUCAUCAAGACUAGGCCGAACAAGAAUGCUGUCCUUGAUCUAUGGAGGGAAUGGCAGCACAAGAAGCGCGGGACAUCUUCGCACGACGGCGGGCAGUCAGCUCUCGGUGCUCAUUCGACAGUGGGGGGAGAUGGUGCACAGGAGCCUAGCGGUGAGACUGAAGUCACAGCAACAUCUCAAGAUGCUCAUGUCUCGAAUGUUGACGAGCAUGUCACAAAUCCGAUGCAGGAAGAAGACAUACAGUGUCCAGUCCGACAGGAGGAGGAAGGGGAAGCACAAGACCUUCUACACGUUGAGCAGGUCUAG